GGGAGAUGCGGCGUAGGAGCUGUCGCUGUUUGCUUUCACCUGAGCCUCGUCUCUUAUUGUGGUUCCUUCUGCGGCGUCGAUCAUGUUGUUACCCUCGGACGUAGCCCGGCUGGUAUUGGGUUAUUUACAACAAGAAAAUCUCACUUCUACCUGCCAGACUUUUAUUUUGGAAAGUUCAAAUUUAAAAGAAUAUGCAGAAUAUUGUACAGGUGAAGGCUUUAUCCCAGCCUGCUUACUGUCCUUAUUUGGAAAAAACUUGACAACAAUUUUAAAUGAAUAUGUAGCUAUGAAAGCAAAAGAAACAUCAAAUGAUGUCCCAGUAAUAAUGUCAUCUCUGUGGAAGAAGUUAGACCAUACACUUUCUCAAAUCAGGAGCAUGCAAAGUUCCCCAGGGUUUGCUGCCAAUCAGAAAGCCCGAACAAGAAGUGGUAUUGCAGAAAUCAAACGGCAGAGAAGGCUUGCAUCUCAACAAGCUCCUGUCAGUUCAGAGUUGCUGACUUUACCUUAUCUUUCAGGACAAUUUACCACUUCUCCUUUGACAGCUACACAAGUUAUUCGACCACCUGGCCAAGUUUCAGCUCCACUGAGGUCAGAUUUUGUAGUGGUCAACCAUUCACAGUCACAAGAUACAGUAACCACUGGAGAGGCUAUAAAUAUCAUUCCUCGUCCUCAGGAAAGGAAAACUCAUGCCAGUUUAAUGUCUCCUGGUAGACGCAAAAGUGAAUCUCAAAGGAAGAAUAUGACUUUUUCUGGUCCUCAUUCAACAAUACGGAAUUUCCAGGAUCCAAAUGCAUUUGCAGUAGAAAAACAAAUGGUUAUUGAAAAUGCACGAGAAAAAAUAUUAAGCAACAAAUCUCUCCAAGAAAAACUAGCAGAAAACAUUAAUAAGUUUUUGACUAGUGAUAACAGUAUUACUCAAGUACCUAAGCAAACAGAUAGCAACCCUACUGAACAAGAGACCUCAAUUGAUGAACUCCUGGGACUUCCGAAUGAAAUCCACAUGUCUGAAGAAGCUAUACAGUAUAUAUUGGAACAGACAGAAUCAGACCCAGCAUUUCAGGCACUCUUUGAUCUCUUUGACUAUGGUAAAACAAAGAAUAAUAAAAAUACAUCACAAGGCAUUUCCAGUCAGCAUAUGGAAACCAAUUCCAAUAUAGUUUUAGCAGAUGAAACUAAUCUAAUAGUUAAAAGUCCUUUUAAAACAGAAGAAUCUGAUGGGCAAUCUAAUCAGCCCCCAUUUUGUACAUCCUAUCAAAGUGAAGAUGCAUUAAAUGCUUUGAAGAAUGACAGCAACUGUGAUGUGCUUAGACAAGAAGCCCAGGAAAAUUUUUCCCAAAUAGGCUCUAGCAUCCAGAAAAAAGCCUUUAAAACAACUGUACUUACUAAACAGAAGUGUAACCUGGACAUUACCUUUGAGUCUGUGCCUAAUUUGAAUGACUUUAACCAAAGAGGAAAUUCUGAUGCUGAGUGUAAUCAGCAUUGUGCUGAAUUAUACACUAAUCAGAUGUCCACUGAAACUGAAAUGGCUAUAGAGGUUGAAAAGAAUUCACUGUCUCCAAAUGUACUGAAUGAAUCUCAAUUACAGCCUGAUCAGCCUGAUAUACCAAUAACUGAAUUUGUUUCACUUGGUAGUGAAACUAACAAUGAAAACUUAAUUCUGUCUGGGAAAAGUUCUCAACUUUUAUCCCAAAAUACUCCAUUAACUGGAAAGUCAUCAAAAAGAAGUCAAUUUUGUGAAAAUUCUAAUGAUACAGUAAGACUUAAAACUAAUUUGCAUGGUUCCAAAUCACUAGAUGCUAGUGAAAUUCACAAGAGUAAAAUUGAAAUCAAUAAUGUAUUAUCAUCUGUAUCACAACAACUAUCAGAUUGCCAAGAUAAUUCUUCACUUCAAAGUAAAAUAUUACCUGUGUCUGUUGAAAGUUCUGGUUCAAAUGUAUCUGGACAACAAGUAGAAAUUCAUCUUGGAGAUUCAGUCCCUUCAGUUAAACAACCAUCUAAUGAUUCAGCAUCUGCUGAGUUAAAUCAUACAGAAAAUGAAACUCAGUCGUCCAAGUCUGAGAAAGUUAUUUUGGAUUCACAAGAGCCUUCAUCUUCUGUACAAGAAGAUGGAGAUACUAUUUUUCUCUCUCUAGGUGGAAAUGAUAACUGUGGGGAAGUUGCAUUGAUGCCUCUGGAAGGUAAUCCUAUAGAAAAUAAUCACUCUCUUCCUUCAGAAUCUGUGUGUUCUUCAGUGGGAGAUUCUCACCCUGGAUCCCAAAAUACUGGUGAUAAACCUUCUAGCAACAACUCAACAGAAAUAGAUGCAUCAAAUAUUGUCUCUCUCAAAAUUAUCAUUAGUGAUGAUCCAUUUGUUUCCUCAGAUACUGAACUUAACACUGCUGUUUCUAGUAUCAGUGGAGAAAACUUGCCAACUAUAAUUUUGUCUCCUGUUAAAUCACCUCCCAAAAAUGCAGAAUUAGUUAAAUGCCUAUCUUCAGAAGAAACUGCAGGUGCUGUUCUAUCUGCUGAAGUAGGAGAUUCAGCCUCAAUGGAACACAGCCUUUUAGCACUCAAACCUGAAGAUUCUACCAUAAACAACACUCAGAAUGAAGAUGGCAUUGCUUUUACAGCCAGUGUUACACCAUGUGUUUCUAAGGAUGGAGGAUACAUACAGUUGAUGCCAGCCACAAGCACAACUUUUGGCAAUUCAAAUAACAUUCUUAUAGCUACCUGUGUGACUGAUCCAACAGCCAUGGGAACAACAGUCAGUCAGUCUAAUGUAGUGGUGUUGCCUGGAAAUUCUGCACCUAUAACUGCUCAACCUCCACCACCUCAGUUACAGACGCCACCAAGGUCAAACAGUGUAUUUGCUGUCAACCAAGCUGUGUCACCUAACUUUUCACAAGGAUCUGCCAUCAUAAUUGCUUCUCCAGUCCAGCCUGUACUCCAAGGAAUGGUGGGAAUGAUCCCUGUAUCUGUAGUUGGACAGAAUGGAAAUACCUUCUCUGCUCCUCCUCGGCAGGUGCUUCAUAUGCCUUUGGCAGCACCUGUAUGCAAUAGAAGUAUCCCUCAAUUCCCCAUCCCUCCAAAAUCUCAGAGGGCUCAGGGACUAAGAAACAAGCCUUGUAUAGGAAAACAAGUAAAUAAUUUGGUGGAUUCAUCAAGUCAUUCAGUUGGAUGUCAUGCACAUAGAACUGAAGUUUCUGACAAGAAUAUGGCUACAGAUCUUGGGAAAAAAUUGGAAGAAAUCACAGUUCCCUUCUCUGUAGAAAGUAUAGUUCCAGCUAACAAACAAUUUGAAAGCCACAGACGGGUGCUCUGUUUUGAUAGCAUUCCUUCUCAUGUGGCAAAUACACAGGGGCCAAACCAUAAGAUAGUGUCCCAAAACAAAGAAAGGAAUGAAAUUUCCUUUCCUAAUCUUGACUCACCCAUUGUGUCCUCCACCUUAAAACCCCCUUCUAAUAAUGCUAUCAAAAAAGACAGAGAGAAACCUCCUAUUCCUAAGAUUUUAUCUAAAUCAGAAACUGCCAUUAGCCGACAUACCACCAUAAGAGAAACUCAGUCAGAAAAGAAAGUUCCACCAACAGAAAUUGUACUUGAAUCCUUCCAUAAAGCAACAGCUAAUAAGGAGAAUGAAUUAUGCGGUGAUAUGGAAAGGCAGAAAAAUCCAGAAACUUCGAAACUGUCUGUUGGACAACAAAAUGGAGGUUUACAGAAUGAGAAAACUAUAGCUUCACUGCAAGAACUGACCAAAAAACAAGGCAAAUCUUCAAACAGUAAGAAUGUCAUUUCAGUAGGCACAGCUGUGAAGGAUCUAAAACAAGAACAAACUAAGUCUGCAAGUUCUGUGAUUACCACAGAAAUGUUACAGGAUGUUCAGUGGCAUAGCCCAGUAAAUAGGCUUGCUGAUAGUAGUGAUUUACCUGUACCCCGGACACCUGGCCCAGGAACAGGGGAAAAACAUAAAGAAGAACCUACGGAUGGUAUCAAGGUCCCCUCUAGUAGGCGUUUUGGUGAAGACAGUAGCACACCCAAAGUAAUGGUCCCUCCUGUCACCCCAGACUUGCCUGCCUGCAGCCCUGCCAGUGAAACAGGCAGUGAAAACAGUGUAAACAUGGCUGCCCAUACAUUAAUGAUUCUGUCCAGAGCAGCCAUCUCUAGGACUACUUCAGCAACUCCUCUAAAAGAUAAUACACAACAGUUUAGAGCAUCUUCAAGGAGCACCACAAAGAAGCGGAAAAUUGAGGAAUUAGAUGAGCAUGAGCGAAACUCCCGUACUUCUAGUAAAAAUCUUGCAAAUUCAUCAAUACCAAUGAAAAAGAAGAAAAUUAAGAAAAAGAAGCUACCCAGUUCAUUUCCAGCUGGAAUGGAUGUGGACAAAUUUUUGUUAUCAUUGCAUUAUGAUGAGUAAACAUUCUGAAAAUAUAAGAACAGUAGCUGUUUAAAACUUGUAUCCCUUAAACUAUGAGUGUAGGGAAUGGGAUAUUAACAGAAUCUGAAAGCAUGACCUGCACUUUCAUUGUACUGAAAUUUCACUUUAUAGCUAAAUCAUGCUGUUUCUGAAGCAGCUUCCUAGUUUGUAAAUAGGCUUACUUGGUAUGUUUUUAUCUUGGAAAACACAUUUGCAGAAGUGUUAAGUAAAGCCAGUCUGCAAAACUGUAUAGCUUUGACAAUUGCAUAUUGUAAAUAUUGUGUAAAUCUUGUUGAAAUAGAGGUUGAUGUUCUUACACUGUGUUUUUUGACUUCUUAUCCUAAUUCUGAGGCUUAUUCAUGUGGAAUCAUUUUUCACUUCUUUUGGAGGAAAAUGAUGCUUAUAAAUUGCCUUUAGUAAUUGUUCAACAUGACAUUUAAAUAUGUAGCUACUAAGUACUACAAAAUGAUAACCACCUCAACUGCUAGUAAAGUAUCUAAACAGAAAUUCAGUUUGAUGGGUUUUUUCCGGAAUGAAUACUUUACCACCCCUUCUUAUAAUUGCAGUAAAGAUUAUAUUCCUGGAAUUGUACACUUUAACUAUUUCUUCUAAUAGUUCUGUUCUCUGUUUUAAAGAGAGAAUUUUAUAAGCCACUUAUUGAGUGUUCUGAUCUUUUGUUUAUGGUCUUUUACAGAACUUUAAGUGGUUAGACUAUUGAGCCAUAAAAAGUUUGGUUAUGUAGUUAGUAGUUGAGGUUUCUCGGUAUGUACAUACUUUUCCCCUAAAUACUGGGGAUUUAAAGAAUUGCACUAACUCAUAGAAUUCUUUACAUAGUAGUGACCAAUGCACAUUUAAUAUAAAUUUUGUAUUCUAUGUUAAAGUUUGUGUGGAGGAUUAUCUCCUGGUGUCCUUUUAGAAAGUCAUGUUCAUCAUAAGAUGUAAAAAGAGAAAUCAUAGUUUUAUAUUUUAAUUUAGUUUCUCCUAAAAUAGGGUGUGUUAAAUAACUAUAUCUAUAUUUAGAUAAAGUGCAUUGUCUGUGUAUUCCUUAAAGUGUUAUAAAGAGUUACUCUCAAAAGGUCCUGGGGCUGGCCAAUUGGCUCACUCAGUAGAGCGUGGUGCAUAUAAUACCAAGGUCAAAGGUUCAGAUCCCCAUAUCAGCCGGCUGCCCAAAAAAAGGUCCUUAAGGAGAGUGAGAGAGGUGCCUUCUCUGUAUUCGACUCUAACAUAUCAGUCAAAUCUAAGAAUUGGUUUAAACUUUUACAUGAGAACAGAAACUAUAAUUAGUACCUGACCAAUUGUGCCUAGACUUUAAGUAUGUUCUCUUAAGUGCUUUCUGUUUGAAUAUCAGUAUAUUAGGGUUUUUUUUCUACACGUAUAUAUUUUUUUAAAGAGUCACUUUCCUCAACCAUUUUUUUGUACUGGGUCUUUAAAAAUAUAAAUACAUCCUACUCAAACACAGCAUUUCUCAAUGUAGAAAUCACGCCUUAAUUACUAAACCUUACUGCGGAAAUUUGUGUUGUAAGAAAUUUUUAUGAUGUGGCAAUGGUCUAUUCCUA